GGCCGGGCUGUGCGCGGGGUGGUGCUCUUCUUCCCAGCUCCGGAGGCACCGAGAGUCUGCUGGCUUGGCUGCUCUUUUGGACAUUCACCGGAAACGAGGGGAGACUCCGGGCGGCCGAGAAGAGACCCGCCAGCCGGCGAGCAAAAGCCUCGCUUCUCCGAAGCGCAUCUGGGCCAGCUCGCUUGGAGAGAGAGAGGACUUGAGGGCACCGGCGGAGGGAGGGGGGGUGCUUCUCGGUCGGCGGGCGCCGCCAAUUGGGUGUCCCCAUAGGAAGAUUUUUUGGUGGUAUAUAUUGUCAUUAUGAGAUGAUGUCUCUCGGUGCUUCAUUUGUGCAAAUUAAAUUCGAUGAUCUGCAGUUUUUUGAAAACUGUGGUGGCGGAAGUUUUGGAAGUGUAUAUCGAGCCCAAUGGGUAUCUCAGGACAAGGAGGUGGCUGUGAAGAAGCUGCUAAAAAUAGAAAAAGAGGCAGAAAUACUCAGCGUGUUGAGCCACAAAAAUAUCAUUCAGUUUUAUGGUGCCGUUAUUGAACCCCCAAACUAUGGCAUAGUUACAGAAUAUGCUUCUGCUGGGUCAUUGUAUGACUAUAUUAAUAGCAACAGAAGUGAAGAAAUGGACAUGGAUCAUAUAAUGACCUGGGCAAUGGAUAUAGCUAAAGGAAUGCAUUAUUUGCAUAUGGAGGCUCCAGUCAAAGUAAUCCAUAGAGAUCUGAAGUCCCGGAAUGUUGUUAUAGCUGGUGAUGGAGUAUUGAAGAUUUGUGAUUUUGGGGCUUCAAGAUUUCAUUCCCAUACAACACACAUGUCCCUUGUUGGUACCUUUCCUUGGAUGGCUCCAGAAGUAAUACAGAGUCUCCCAAUAUCAGAAACAUGUGAUACAUAUUCAUAUGGUGUGGUUCUCUGGGAGAUGCUAACAAGGGAAGUCCCCUUUAAAGGCUUGGAAGGAUUACAAGUAGCUUGGCUUGUAGUGGAAAAAAACGAGAGACUGACCAUUCCAAGCAGCUGUCCUGGGAGCUUUGCAGAAUUGAUGCUCCAAUGUUGGGAAGCAGACCCAAAGAAGAGACCUUCUUUCAAGCAGAUCAUUUCAAUUUUGGACUCCAUGUCAAAUGAUAGCAACCUUCCAGACCAAUGCAAUUCAUUCCUGCAUAACAAGGCAGAAUGGCGAUGUGAAAUCGAGGCCACCUUAGAAAGGCUGAAGAGAUUGGAACGUGAUCUGAGCUUUAAGGAACAGGAACUCAAGGAAAGGGAAAAACGCUUGAGAAUGUGGGAGCAGAAGCUAACUGAACAAUCCAACACACCGUUUUGCUUCCCUUUUGCUGCCAGAAUGUCUGAGGCAUCUUACUUUGAAUCUAAAACAGAGGAAUCAAACAGUGCAGAGAUGUCAUGUCAGAUUACCGCCACGAGUAAUGGGGAGGUAGCUGGCAUGAACCAGAGUCUGAAGGCCUUGAUGAUGCAAGGUUUUGGGGAUGUCUUCUCUAUGAAUGAAGCAGGAUCCGCCCUGCAUUCUGGAAUGCAGAUCAAUAUGCAAGCCAAAAAGAAUUCUUCCAAAACCACCUCUAUGAGAAAAGGGAAGAAGGUCAACCUGGCGCUGGGGUUCCAUGAAUUCGACUUAUCUGAUGAGGAUGAUGAGGAUGAUGAUACCGAUGAGGAGAUCGAUUUUGAGGAUGACAGUGAUUAGCAGUAAAGGAAAGCUGUGAGGACUCUAGUCUGGCAUCUGUUACAAAAGGGAGAGAAAGAAGAACAUUGAGAAAAAAAUAUAUCCUAUGUUUUUCAUUGCUGAGUAAGAACAGAGCACCAUUUUGUUGCACAGAACCAUUUUGUUUUCCUAUUUGUGAGAAAUCAUGUUCCUUAUGUUUAUACCCUCUAUGUGGUUUCUUUUUGUUUUGUUUUUUGCUUUCAAAUUUAGAAUUAAUUUAAACAAUUUUGGGUUGUUUGUUUAUUUAAGGGGUUUUUUUUGUUUAUGUUGACCUAUUGUUGGCAUCGUUAUGGCUCAACACUAUGCUAAUGCUGAAACUGCUGGUAUUUUCUUUUAAGUAUCAUUGUUCCUUCCUCCCGUAGGUCUCUUGAGCAGGUUAACAGAUAAAAGUAUAAUUCCAUUUGGGGUUUCCCUGCAUGUUUUAUAGCUGUAAUUCCAAAGAAUCAUACAUAUCAGUGGUGAGAUUCAAAUUUUUUUACUGCCGGUUCUGUGGGCAUGGCAGGGGAAAGGAUACUGCAAAAUCAUAGUUCCCUCCCCACUCUCAAAAUUUCCGCUACCGGUUCCUGAAUGCCACCUCUGAUACCUAUAACCGUGGGCUGUAUUCUAAAGUCAAUUUGGUAUAGUGGCAUCAGGCUAGAAACCAGAAGAUUAUGAGUUUUAGUCACAUCUUGGCCACAAAAUAGGGUGAGUAAUCUUGGGCUGGUCAUUUUCCCUCAGCCCUAGGAAUGAGGCAAGGACAAAUCACUUCUGAAAACCUUGCCAAGAAAACUGCAGGGACUUGUCCAGAUGAUUACUAUAUCAGGAAUCAACACUGACUAGAAGGCAUGCACAAAUGUAUAUAUAAUAAGAUUUAUAAGAAACAAACAUUUUCAAAUGCUCAUUUUAUCUGGCAGGACAGCUCACCUAUUUGGGCAAAGUGAGAGAAUGAAAUUGGUUUUACUGAUAUAGAUUUCCUGCCAUACAAACAAUAUGUCCUUAGCAUUAUUGUAAAAUAACUUUUAAAAAAUCUAACCAAGACAAAAUACUUCUUGAAUAGCUGUAUUGCUCUUGUGUGAUAAAUAUAUAUUUUCCACACUGUUGCUUAUUUAUUCUAAUUUCUGUCUCUUUCCUGUUGAUAAAAAUCUCAGUAAAAUGAAAAAAAGGAAUACAAUGCAAUGAUAUUUAAAUCCACCAACUUCUUGUGUUAAAGCAAACAUAAAAUUCAGAUUUCCUCCAAGUAUGAGUAUAUUUCAAGCAUUUUUUACAGAAACAACCUAGGAUCUUGGUUAGGCUACAACAUGUAGCUAUGUUCUUUGGUUAAUUUUAACAAAACUUUUGAUCGAAUAGGACCUUCCACUUAAUCAGGCAACAUAUUUCUAAGAAUGUUCAUUUUUUAAAGAAUUUAGGAAUCUAUAAAAUGAUAAAGGACUUCCUUACUUCUUGCACACUUUUUUUUCCUUCCCUGGAGUUACAGUUUUUAAAUUUUACAUGUUUUAUCAUCCUGAAAUAAUUGAAAGAGAAUCCAUUGUGUUGAUUCUCAAACCUUCCCAGCAGUCCCCUUGCCUAGUCUGCUUUCUCCGCUUUCUAUGGUGGAGUUCUCAGAUAGAAGAAAAGCUGCAAAAAAAGUUUCUACAGUGACUUGGAAGGCAUAUCAAAUUCAAAUCAUUAUAUCCUAAAAAUGGUAGUUUGAUUAAUUCUACAGCCUCUAGGAUUUUCCUAAGGAUUAUAGUCUCAAAUUGUAAUCCUGUAAAAAUAUAACUGAUGGUAAAGUCAAUCUCAUGAAGCUUACUUUUUAGUGAACAAGUUUGCCUUGUAAAUUAUCUUGAUUGAGAGUUAUCUAUAUACAUUGGGCUACAGACACACAGAUAUAUUGAUUGCUUGUAGAAACAGGCUUUGAAAGUAGCUCCUUUUCGCUUAUUUCCAACUCAUUUAACUUUCCAGGUUUUACUGUAGGGUGAAUAUUCUGGAUUUACUAUUAGGACAUUACUAAAGCUUCAUUUUGGAUGUUUUGAUUGUAAAUGUAGAUGCAGUAGCACAAUUUAAUUUAAUUGUGCUACUGCAUAGUGCAAUCAGAACUUAACAUUUCUAAGUUUGGGCAUACAAGCAGUAUUAUUUUGAUAACACUGAAAGUCCUAAUCUAGUGUAUAUAGUAUAAUAGCUGUCUCAUACAACUAUUAUAGUUGUAUGAGAAAGCAUGGCAGUUACACUUUAAAAUAGUUAAACAGAACUUAGUGAGUUUUGAACAACUAUUAAAAGCCUAUUGGAUCUGAAAUCACACUAUCACUCCAGAUGUAUCUGCAUUAUUACCUUUGGCAUUCCCCAGCAACACAGCCAAUGUGAAUUUUGGAAGCUAAAGCCACAAUACAUCUGGAGAGGAACUAUGUGGAAAUUGUGUCAUAUAGAAAUUCCAUAGGUACAUUCUAAGGGAAAUCUGAACCUGAUAUGAGUACUGAGUACAUAGUAAAGGCUACCUACUGAAGAGAGGAGCCUAUCUCACAGAGAGGUAGUAAUCACAAAUUACUACCUAUUCGGUUUGGCCGAAUAGGUAGUAAUUUGGCCUACCACGCCCCCAAACCGGUUCUAUUGGCGGCGCUGUAGGUGCUGACAUCCUGUUUUUUGCUUCUGCGUAUGCGCAGAAGCUUUUUCAGUACUGUGCAUGCACACACGUGCACAGCGCGUCCCUGAGCAAACUGGCAGUGGCAGCAGCUGGAACCCACCACUGAUAUCUCUUGGUCCCGCAUUCUCCUCCUUUCCACCAAAUCAAUAUAUGGAUUGUGCAGACGAUCAAGGAUGAAUCCAGGUAGACUAGUGGUUUUCAAUCUAUGGUUCAUGGGGAGGCCACAGUACCAUCACAGAGGGUCCGUGAAGGCUUGAAAAGUUAUUAUUUAAAUCUUGAGUUAAGUCUGUGGACACAAAAGGUUUUUAAAGGGAGUCUAUGAUGAAGAAAAGGUUGGAACCACUGAAGUAGACUAUAAUCUACUUUGGCAUAAAGCAUUCAGAAGUCUCUUUGGACCUAUUCUAUUUUCCCCCUCUUUCAUAUUUUUUUUUCCCUAAAAGAAAAGAUCAAUGGUGUCAUAUAAAUUAAUAAUAGAAUACAGUGUCUUUGUCAUCCUAUGUAAUAUCCUUGAUAACCUAAGGUUCUCCCCUGGUGUAUUAAGUUGUGACAGAUCAGAGGAAUAAUGGAUUAAUAGGGACAGUGAAAUUUGCUAUUUUAGUAUCAGAAUAUCUUCUGUACAGUUUAUUAAUAACUCUGUUACUUAAGCAACAUUUGGUUUGUUAAUUCCCCUGAAAUCAUUGCAUUUUUUCAAUUUUUGUUUUAAUAAAAUAUCACAAGAAGCAGUAAGACCUUCCAGUCUAAAAUAUCUGCUCUAUUUUUAGAAACUAGUAAAAAAUGCUUUUUUUCAAAACUUGAAUCUAAUCUAUUUUUAUUGAAAAGCCUGCCUAAAGCUUAUUUGAUAGGGAAAGGAUAAUUGCAGAAACAUUACCGAGGCAAACCAUCAUAAACACUUUCAUGUUAUUUCAGAAAUUUGUAAAGCCUCUCUGUUGAAAUCUGAUCAAUCAUAUUAUCAUUUGGGGGGGGGAGGGUUGCUUUUUACACUUUUGAAAUGUUUUAUAUUGAUAAAGAGAUCAUGUUAUUUGUAUUCCAAAUUUGUAUGAAAAUGGAAAGUAUUUCAACCAUGUUUAGAAAAAUUGAGACUUGUCUUCUGAUGUGCUGUGAUAACUCUGUGCCAAAACUACUAUACAGCGUGUGAACAGAAUAUAACAUUUGUAUGGAAUGUGAAAUGUUCCACUUCUGCAUGGCAAGACUUUUUUUUGUUAUAGUAUUUACUUUUUUCAUUAUAGUAUUUAAUUAUGUGAUGUCUUGCUUCAUUCAUUUAAUGGUUUGCAUUUUUAAUUAUUCACAGAACACCAAAAUGUAAUCAGCUUUUUCUUUUUUUACAAUUUGGUGUCAUAAAUCCUAAUUUGUUGUGAGCUGUUUUUCUUUGCUUCUCUUUGUUUUCAUUUUUGAUUUUACAAUAAACGUGAUGACACUAAAAAAACAAAAUACACAAAAAGCCUGCGGCCCUGAUUAAAAACAUGAUGUUUACAUGGGAUACCUAAUGAUAUAUCUGCACCAACUUUUAAUCUGAGCUUUGUCACCAAAUGCAUCACAAAUGUCCCUUAUUACAGUUAUUUCUCUUCAGUGUUAAUUCAUGUGUAAGAAGGAUGUCAUAAUCAUUCCUACAU